GCCUGUCUGGAGGGCUGUAGCGGCAGUGGCGGCGGCAGUGGCGGCAGUGGCGGCGGCACGGCAGGCACCGGCCCGGGGAGCGGCACCAUGAGCGGAUCACAGAACAAUGACAUGAAAAGACAAUUUCUGCUGGAGCGACUGCUGGAUGCAGUGAAACAGUGCCAGAUCCGCUUUGGAGGGAGAAAGGAGAUCGCCUCGGAUUCCGACAGCAGGGUAACCUGUCUGUGUGCCCAGUUUGAGGCCGUCCUGCAGCAUGGCUUGAAGAGGAGUCGAGGGUUAGCGCUAACAGCAGCCGCGAUCAAACAGGCAGCAGGCUUCGCCAGCAAAACCGAAACAGCGGGCAAGGCAGUCAUCGUGCGGGACUGGUGGGGGCCAGUGGCACGUUGUGGUGCAGAAAUCCGUGAGCCCGUGUUCUGGUUCUAUGUGAAGGAGGUCCUCAGCAAGCAUGAGCUGCAGCGCUUCUACGCCUUGCACCACAUCGCCUCGGACGUGGGCCGCGGCCGCGCCUGGCUGCGCUGCGCCCUCAACGAACACUCCCUGGAGCGCUACCUGCACAUGCUCCUGGCCGACCACAGCAGGCUCAGCACUUUUUAUGAAGACUGGGCUUUUGUGAUGGAUGAAGAAAGGUCUAGCAUGCUUCCUACCAUGGCAGCUGGUCUGAACUCCAUACUCUUCGCGAUUAACAUCGACAACAAGGAUUUAAACGGGCAGAGUAAGUUUGCUCCCACCGUCUCGGACCUCUUGAAGGAAUCCACGCAGAAUGUGACCUCCUUGCUGAAGGAAUCCACGCAAGGAGUGAGCAGCCUUUUCAGGGAGAUCACGGCAUCCUCGGCCGUCUCCAUCCUCAUCAGGCCUGAGCAGGAGACCGACCCCCUGCCUGUCGUGUCCAAGCACGUCAGUGCCGAUGCCAAAUGUAAAAGGGAGAGGAAGAAGAAAAAGAAGGUGACCAACAUCAUCUCGUUUGAUGACGAGGAAGACGAGCAGAGCUCCGGGGAUGUUUCUAAGAAGAUCCCUGGGGCGGGGGAAAGCUCGGAGGAGAACUCCGACCGCUCCUCGGUCAGUAUCAUGACGGCCUUUGAAAGCCCCUUUGGGCCAAAUUCCAACGGAAGUCAGAGCAGCAACUCAUGGAAAAUCGAUUCUCUGUCUUUGAACGGGGAGUUUGGGUACCAGAAGCUCGAUGUGAAAAGCAUCGAUGAUGAAGACGUGGAUGAGAAUGAGGACGACGUGUACGGGAGCACACCUGGGAAGAAGUGCCCGGGCCACUCGGAGUCGCCGGAGAAGCCGCUGGACGGGGGUGCCUGCCUCUCCCAGAUGCACAGCUGGGCUCCACUGCACGUGCUGCACGGCGACGCCGAUGUGCUCUUCCCGGUCAGUGGCGUGGGCUCCUACGGCCCUGCAGAUACCCCCCUCGGGAGCCUGGAGAACGGGACGGGACCCGAUGACCACGUCCUCCCGGAGCCUGGACCUCGGUACAGUGUGGAAGCCAGUCCUCCAGGCCAAGGAAGUCCUCUGAGCAGCCUGUUACCGUCUGCCUCGGUGCCCGAGUCCAUGACAAUUAGUGAACUCCGACAGGCCAUCGUGGCCAUGAUGACCAGGAAGGAUGAGCUGGAAGAAGAGAACAGGUCACUGCGGAACCUGCUGGACGGUGAGAUGGAGCACUCGGCCGUGCUCCGCCAGGAGGUUGACACCUUGAAACGGAAGGUGGCCGAACAAGAGGAGCGGCACGUCACAAAGAUCCAGGCGUUGGCAAGAGAAAACGAGGUGCUCAAAGUCCAACUGAAGAAAUACGUAGGAGCUGUCCAGAUGCUGAAAAGAGAAGGUCAAACAGCUGAAGUUGUACCAAAUCUUUGGAAUGUUGAUGGAGAAGUUACAGUUACUGACCAGAAGCCGGGAGAAGUUGCCGAGCAACUAGCAAGCUCCUAUGAAAGAAAGCUCAUUGAGGUGGCAGAGAUGCACGGGGAGCUGAUCGAGUUCAAUGAGCGCCUGCACCGGGCCCUGGUGGCCAAGGAAGCCCUCGUGUCCCAGAUGAGGCAGGAGCUCAUCGACCUUCGGGGGCCGGUGCCUGGAGAUUUGAGUCAAACAUCCGAAGACCAGAGUUUGUCGGAUUUUGAAAUAUCAAACCGAGCGCUGAUCAACGUCUGGAUCCCGUCAGUGUUUCUCCGGGGCAGAGCCACCAAUGCAUUCCACGUGUAUCAGGUCUACAUCCGGAUAAAAGACAAUGAGUGGAACGUCUAUCGGCGGUACACGGAGUUCAGGAGUUUGCACCACAAGUUACAGAACAAAUACCCUCAAGUGAGGGCCUACAACUUCCCACCCAAAAAGGCCAUUGGAAACAAGGAUGCCAAGUUUGUGGAGGAACGCAGGAAGCAGCUCCAGAACUACCUGCGCAGCGUCAUGAACAAAGUCAUCCAGGUGGUCCCCGAGUUUGCCGCCAGCCCCCAGAAAGAGACCCUGGUCCAGCUGAUGCCCUUCUUUAUUGACGUCACCCCUCCCGGAGAACCGCUGACCAAGAACAGCCGGCCCAAAGUGGCUUCCCGCUUCCCCAAGCUGUCCCGCGGUCACCCCAGGGAGACGCGCAACGUGGAGCCCCAGAGCGGCGAUCUCUGACCUCGGCGGCCACCCAGACUCGGGCCCUACGUGCUGCGCCAGCUGCCUCCACCCCGGCCACGGCAGCUGGCCCCUUCCACCUCGGAGGGACACCCCUGUCCCCCCGGUGAAUGCCAGAGAGCACACCUUCCCCACCGGUUCCGUGACCCCCUGAUUAAACUGGGCCGUGUGAGAGCAGGGCAGGUCCUCGCUGGACAGACGCAGACAUGUGGGCCCUGCUCUCCCUGGGCCAUGAGGGCCAGCCGUUCCCCUCCCUCCAGCCCAGGGGCCGGCAGGAGGGUGGGCGCUGGGUCGGGCUUGGAGCCCCCUGGUUGAGAUGCACAAGUCUGAUGUCUCAGUUGGUCAGAAGGUUCAUCGAGAAACCACCUCUUAACUCUUUCCCACGUGGGAAUUCGAAUGACUGGUUUUUUUUUUUUCCCCCUGUUUAAUGUAAUUGCCUGCUACACAACCUAUGGACGUGAAGGGUUUGGGUGGAGGCUAGUUCCUUUCCAUGCUCUCCCCACCAGUGGUCAGUAGACACCCUAGUUCUUGCCACCAUGCUCCAGGGAGACAGUCCCGUGGCCUUCGUGUGAAGGAGCCAUUAGAGGGAUGCGGAACUGUGGUUCUUGGAGAACUUCCCUACCUCCUUAUGGUUGGUUCUGGAAGGACCAGCCCCUGUAGGAAACCUGAGGCCCCCUAGGCCCAUGUGCACCUGGUCAGGCCAGCCAUCAGCAGCCACCCAGUGACCCGUAUUGGAGAGCCUGGGCUUUCCAGGAGUCGGUGGCCUUGGCCUCGAAAGCCUAGAGGAGAGCCCUCAGGCUGUUAGAGACUUGGCUCCGGGAAGCAUUCCAGAAGGUUCUGUGGGCCUCGGGCUUUCAGACCUGGCCCCGGGGCUCCGAGGAGCUCAGCGUGGCUCUCUGUGAACUUGGACACAAGUGUCCCCUCUGCACACGUCAUGAUCAUGCCCUAAAGACGAGGGUGUGCAGCACAGCCUCUGCCGGCCAGCGCGCUGUCCGUGGGAGCAGGGCCCUGCGUGCCCCUGAGACCACUGCCUCUGCUCCUCCCAUUCAGCACGGGGCCCCGUGGCAGGUGGAACAGGAGGAGGAGCAGCGGCAGGUCGCCCCGUGGGACCAGAGCCAUUUGGCCAGAAUCAUGGAACUCUCUCCCACCCCGGGCAAGAGCCAAUCUCAGCUGCUGAUACAAAGAGAGGCAUUUUCUGGGGACAGUAGCCGACGUAAAUGUGUGUGAAAGAUGGUCCGUAGAAGGCUAACCACUCAUCAGCUUACAACUGGGUGAGCGGUGUGGGUAAUCAUUGAGCGUUUCCUAGAUAGCGGAAAACUCUGGAAGGAAUGGCCUGGAAGGUUUGUGCUACGUGUUCCUCCCGUCAGCCAAAAGGAAACUUAUCAGAGCAGUUAAGCAGAGCUGAGAUCAUCUACGCACAGCCCUCCAGAGACUCGGAGGAGGCCUGAGUGACUUCUGAGGGAACAUUCUGCCAGGUGAGCCAGGUCCAGGUGAGCGAAACAAGCCGGCUGUUCUCCGCAGAUGGAGUGGGGAGUGCGCGUCUGGGGGCCCUGCUGUCAGCUCGUGGGGGUCCGAGGACCCGAGGGACGCUGUGUCCUAGAAAGGCAACAUGGUUGCUCUCUUCCGCCUGUGUGCCGAGGGAGCUGCUGCACGUGCACUUUGUUGGAAUCCCGAGUCCCACAGCGCUGCCUUGAACACAGAGCCCUCCUCGACCAGAUCCUCCGGGACUGUCCGGAAGCUCCAGCUGCCCCAGAUCCCAGCCCCCCGCAUUUGGGUCCCUCCACAGCAGUCAGUUUGAUGCCAGCUGACAGGCUGCACAGCGGGAUCUGUUCCCAAGGUGUCUCCUCUCUGGUUGUACUAGACCCAGAAUGGAACCACUGCCCCGACACCCCCCAGGGCCAAGGGUUCCGACCAGCCAGCCUUUUCUGGCGCCUGACCCGAAACACAUCUGAGUGCGAGUCUGGUCUCGCCUUCUCCAACCACCCCACCAGGAGCCAGCUUUGACAUUCUGUGCACGGAGUUAAAAAAAGAGCCAAAAAAAAAAAAGGCACCCAUAGCUACGGCGGACAGAUGCUGAGCUGGGAGAUACAAAUGCACUCGCAGCCCGUAUUUAAAAAGGAGAAACUCUGCCUCCCCAUUUUUUUAAAGCUUAAUUAUUCACGGAAAACUUGCCCCGCUCUCCCAAAAUGUGGAUUGUAAAAAGCAUGUUCCUGGGGGCCCCACGGGGACCCUCCAGGCUGCUUGCUAUCUGUACCUCCGUUUUUGUGAUCCUGCAGAAACCCUGAUCUUCAAUUCCUUUGAUUUCAGCUCAGACAUGCAUGUGACAUGCACAUUACAGCACCUCCUCAAAGCCUUAACUUUGGAAUCACAUGGAAUGUUCUGCAGUGAUUAGUCCAUCCAGCUGCUCAAAAUACUCCUGCCCUGCUCUCCAGGGUGGCGGGAUGGACUUAGAAGGGGCAGACUCCCCAGCUCCUAGAGAAAGAAUAAAACACCGAGGUCCAGGCCGAGAUCCGGGACACAAAAUGCCAUCCCCUGAGGAUGUGUCAACAUCUGCCCAUCAACCCAAAUCCAAUUCAGAGGGUGGGAUAUCCCCUGGGACCCAUCAGGGGGAAAGACAGCCCUUCAGAAAGGAGCAGUUGACAUUGCUUCUCUCUCCUUGAUCAAAUUAGAAAAUUGUUUGGAGCCUGCAAAGUUGGCAUCUGAGAGAGGAAGCCACCCCCCAUUCUGAAAGGAGCUGAAGGGCCCGUUUCUCUAGAAGGCCUAGACCCUCUGGUACCCAACCUGUUCGGGGAGGGAGAGGCCCCUCCAGGUCCCCUCUGCAAAGCCAGGCUGUCUGCUCAGGGGCGGCUUCAGCCAGAAUGGGACGCAACAUCAGCCGGGUCCAUCUCUGCCAUCAUCUUGUUUGCUCCCUCCUUUUCCCCCAGAUAAAGGAGACCCAGGAAAAGCAGGGCUGGGCAGAGACAUCUCUCCUUAAAAGAGAAAACCAAAGCUCCCAGGAAGGGCGGUCCGAGGCUGGUGUAAACCUCGCCCAGAAGCGAGCUUUCUCAGCUCCUACUCCUGCGGCUGGUCUGGAAUCCUGGCUUGAAACAACCCAGCAUCUCUCCACAGUCAGGCCCUGGGGGAGGAGGCGGCUUUCCUGGAAGAGGCUGUUAAACCCCACGGUGGUCGCCUUUAACACCAUCACCAGGCCCAUCCAGGGGCUUCCUGGCUACGAAAGGGAUCACCUGAUUGAGUUGUAGAGACAGUGCCAUCUUGUGAGACCUGGCAAGAGGCGUGAACGGUGAGGGGGAGGGACGUGGACCAGUGUUUGUGGACAAGGUCUGGUCACACAGCAUGGGGCCUAUUGAGAUGUGUUCUCUGAUAACCGCUGGAUUUUACAGCAGUGCCGGGCUGUGCUGUGCCUUUAAAACAACGGAGGCAAUCAAAGCUGUUUACAUCCGUGGGAUUGAUAACACAGCUGCAGCUAAUGCCCAGAGGCAGCAGGCACUGGAGGCCCAAGAAUUAAUCCCCAGGUUUUGGGCUCAGAAUCAGGAAACAGGAAUGAAGACCCACCCACCAGCCCAGUUGAUCCGAAGCACUCCUAACACCCUGAACUAGGGCUCUGCGGCCCUGGGCAAGCUGGUGGCCUUGCCUCCUCUUUUUCUCCUAUUUCCUCAUGAGACAGUUCGCCCACUGGAGGACCAGGUCACAGGGUUUCAGGCCUUGGUCCCCCACGCCACCUGCUCACCCUCGCAGGGGGUGCCGCCAGCUGGCCCCCUCACCUGGAGGCCAGGCCCUGACCUCGGGCCCCGGCAGAUCUCUCCUAACCAGUCACGUCUGGCAUCCUUCCUUCAUCCCUCAGCCUGGCAACUUGGUACCAGUGCCCAUUCAUGGGAGGUGCUCUCCCCCAAAGGGGGCACCUCGCCUGGGCGUGUCACUGACAGUAAAGAACAGGCUGGAUUCUCAGCCUCAAGCUGUGUGGGCAUCCCCCAGGACCUGCCAGAGAAGGACCCUGCCUGGGAGCAUCAGAUCGGCCAAGAGGCAUCCUAGAAGGAGCACGCCCUGCUCAAGCUUCAACCCCAAAGGCAAUAACUGUCUUGACCCUGUCUCGGUGUUUCCCUCGGGACACUGCCACCCACAAUGGACCUUCCCCCAGGCUGGGCGCUUCUGGCACGCACGCAUCUGCUCACGAGCAAGGCCUUUUGCAAUGAUCAUUUUUCACAAUAUCAUGUUUCAUUAAAGCUAACAUUAAAUGUCUGCUGUUCAGAUUGGCUUCUGUGCUAAUUUUGCACAAUUGUAGCACUGUAUAUUUUAUCUAACAUUCCCAUGCCAAAAAAUUCAUUUUUCAUGUUUCCCUAACACGUGGUCUUGAUUACGUUUCUAAAAUAAAACUUCGGCUACUGGAUCGAUAGAAGUGAGGGUGGAGCCUUGCCGAUCUCCGUGCUCUGAGCAGAGCAGCUGUCUUCUCACCCCACAGUGACUGAAACGCCCCUGCUCAGUUCAUGGCGGGAUUCUGACCUUCCCUUCCGCCAUGCCCGUUGCCGUGGAUGGGCCUGAUUUGGGUAGUUCUCAAGUCUGUCAAGGAGCCCUUACUUUCAUCUCUGAAUCCUAACAACCGCAUUAAAUGGGUUUCCUCAUCUACCCAAUCAGUUUAGGAAGAGAAGUGGAAAAAAAAAUCUGGUUUCUCUAAAAGAUGGUUGAGCCUACAGCAAGGAUGAGCAACCCCACUCGAAGGACAGGCUGGAUCCAUGAGUGUUUCGAGGUCCAGGGAUUCACUUCUUUCUUACUGGCACAUAAAUGUUUUGCCACCAUCACUGAAAACCACUAGCUGACCCACCCAGGCUCCCCGCCUGCCCUCGAAUCCCAUCAGGUCUGCCUCCUGCCUUCAUGAACUGCAAGGGGAGAAGCCACGCACCUCCGACGAUUCUUUCCGCCAUCACCUGAGACCAUACAAGGGGACGCCCUUGCAAAAACUGGGACUGAGGACGUGGAAGGUUACAAAAUGGGGGAUCACACGUUUGCACCCAGAGUUGCUAGCCCCUCCAGAGAUGAGCUGGAGAACAGGCAUAGCCAGGAGUGAGGGGGUGGUGGAUUUUUUAUUAUCUAGCAUUCAUCCUAGAAAGAAUGUCUUUGCCUCUGCAGCCUUAGUGGCACCAUCCCUGGCAUCGCCAUUUGGUAGAACACUUUGCUUAACUCAUCAGAUGCUCACUUCUUGGAGGAGGGAGUCGUUUGACUACAGGCGCCAUGGUGACCCAGCCGGAGUCACCCACGAUCGGGUCCCAGUGAGCCGUCUGUCGCAGGGAACAAGGUGACAAAUCUAGAGUCUAGUGUCUGGACGUGAGGCCUAGAAGCCCGCAGAUUCGCUCUGAAACACGUAGUAUUAUCUUAACUACCCUGCUCUGUUAAGGUUUACACAAUAGAAUUUUUAAACAAAUGUGUUUAAUUUUCUAAACUCUCUUGUAUUAAAAUUUUCUUUUGGAAUAAGCUGUGGUAAUUUUGUUACAAUCUGGUUGAGACACACCUCUUUACAACU